AUGGAGGAUAAAAUGAAAAAAAUGACUAGUUUCCAUCUACAUCAUCUAUAUAGGCAAGAAUAUUUGGGAACAUAUAGUAUGCGAUUGACCGCGACGGGAGGUAUUUUUCAAAAACAGGAGAAAGAAAAUGCCAAAAUGAGAGGAAAUUUAGUCGUUUUUCUCAAAACUCAGGUCGCCCAAUUCCAUACUCGCAUCCUAUGGGAAUUCGAUGAUCCGACAAAAUCCUAUCGGAUUCCCGGUGAAGGAAUUGCAUUGGGUUCCGUCGGUGUCGGAUCUUAA